UAAAACUGUUAGUGGUAACAGUUGCAACCAGUGAAACAGAAGGCUUCCAGAGGUUUAUGUCUUCGGCAAAAUUAUAUGGUUACCAAGUUGAGGUUCUAGGACUAAACGAACCCUGGGAAGGAGGAGAUGUCCUGAGAUACCCUGGAGGUGGUCAGAAGGUGAACCUUUUACGAAAUGAAAUGGAAAAACAUAAAGACAAGGAUGAUUUAGUUAUUCUUUUCACAGAUAGCUAUGAUGUCAUCUUCACAGAUGGACCACAAGAAAUUUUGAAAAAGUUUUAUAAGUCAAAAGCUAAAGUUUUAUUUUCUGCUGAGGGUUUCUGUUGGCCUGACGAGUCUUUAGCCAAGCUGUAUCCUAAGCCGGAGAAAGGAAAAAGAUACCUGAAUUCUGGAGUAUGUCUUGACUUUUCUUACACAGGGUUCAUGGGUUUUGCACCACAGAUAUAUAAGAUUGUAACUCAUGAGGUCAUAGAAAACAUGGAUGAUGACCAGUUAUUCUACACAAAAAUCUUUUUGCAGGAAGAUCUGAGGAAAGAUCUUUCCAUCAAACUUGACCACAAAGCAGACAUCUUCCAAAACUUAAAUGGAGCUGUUGGUGAUGUGGAGCUACGGUUCAGUAGUAAAGACAGUUAUUUGCACAAUUCAGCAUAUGGAACUAAUCCAAUAGUUAUUCACGGAAAUGGACCAAGCAAGGUGAUCCUGAAUUCACUGGGUAACUACCUUGCUAGAUCUUGGCUGCCAUCUGAGGGCUGUUUAGUCUGUAAAAAAGACACCAUUAGUCUGAAAAAGAAGAAGGUGUCAGAACUUGCAGAAUACCACAAGGAGCAUGUAGAGGAAUUUAUAUCUUCCCACAAACACAAAUAUAACAGUGUCACUUAUCUAAGAAAAUCGAGUGACACUAAGGAAUGGCACGCUCGAAAUUUGGGAUUGGAAGAGUGUACAAAAUUAAAUUGUGACUACUACUUCUCGGUGGACUCAGAUGCUCAUAUUACAAAUCCCAUGACACUUCGACUUUUAAUCGAGCAAAACAGGCCUAUCUUAGCUCCCUUAUUGGCACGACCCAAUAAAUUGUGGUCUAACUUCUGGGGGGCAUUAUCAUCUGAUGGCUACUAUUCACGAUCUAGUGACUACUUGGAGAUAGUAAAGAACAACAGAAGGUAA